AUGGCGACCGAGUCCUUCAUUAUCAAGACGCCGUGCUCGUCUGCGAACAUUGGACCUGGCUUCGACGUCAUCGGCCUCGCCUUGUCCAUGUAUUUGGAGCUACAUGUCACCAUUGACAGGUCGAAGCAGAAAUCUGAGUGCCCACUCAACUGCCGUGUCACAUACGAAGGCGAAGGAGAGGAUUCGGGAGAGAUUAGCUUGGACCCGGACGUCAACCUACUCACCCGAGUUGCGUUAUACGUACUUCGAUGCAAUGGCCAGCGAGCGUUUCCCGUGGAGACCCACGUUCACAUCAAGAACCCAAUUCCUCUAGGGAGGGGAUUGGGAUCAUCUGGAGCGGCGGUUGUUGCUGGUGUUAUGCUGGGCAAGGAGGUUGGCAAGCUUAACUUGACCAACGACCGGCUCUUCGACUACUGUCUAAUGAUCGAGCGUCAUCCCGACAAUGUUGGUGCCGCCCUCUUUGGUGGGUUUGUCGGCACAUAUCUGAAGCCUCUGUCGCCAGAAGACUUAGCACGAACCGAAAUCCCCCUUGCAGAGGUGCUGCCUGCUCCAGCAGGAGGAGUUGAUACAGGAGAGACGCCCCCUGAUCCACCUCAUGGUAUUGGACAUCACAUCACCUUUCCAUGGGCAUCCGAGAUCAAGGCUGUUGCCAUCAUUCCCGACUUCGAGGUACCCACCGCGAAUGCGCGUGCAGUCUUACCAGCACAGUAUCCUCGUCCUGAUGUGACAUUCAACUUGCAGAGAAUAGCCCUACUGCCAGUAGCAUUGGGACAGUCACCGCCCAAUCCCGACCUUAUCUAUCUGGCAAUGCAGGACAAGUUGCACCAACCAUAUCGGCAGACGCUGAUCCCCGGCUUGACCGAAAUAGUCGAGUCAAUGACACCAAGCACGCAGCCCGGACUCCUGGGCGUGUGCUUGUCAGGAGCUGGGCCGACCAUACUGGCUCUCGCCACGACAAAUUUCGAGGAGAUUGCGACGAACAUCAUCAACAGGUUCAAGAAACAGAAUAUCGAGUGCCGGUGGCAACUACUAGAGCCAGCAGCGGGCACCCAGGUCGUACGACAAAGUUGA